AUGAAAAAGAGCAAUAUAUUUAACAAAAGAAAUGUGACUAAGAGCUCUCAGCCUCUCACAUCGAGCAUGCUUUGAGAUCUUUGAGAUUGAGUUCUAUUUGAAAGCAUCAGAUGAUUGAGUUGAUCCAAGAAUGCUCCUUCCAAGCCUGAUUCUGGAAAUUACUGAGGAGAAUGCUUUAACAAGUUUCAACAGGAAGUAGGAAGCUGACCCCAAAUGUGUCAGUCACCCAGAACAAAACCUUUAUGCCCAAAGAUUCUCAAAGAGUUGGAUAAGCUUGAGUUCAUGUGCUCUAACAAGGCUAACGGAUGAAGCCACAUUUCAAGUUAUUCUGACGUAAUAAGUCACCAUAAAGAGUGAGGUUUUGCCCAAAUUUGCUGUAAGGCCUAUCCUCUGUGUGAAGACAAAUUUUUAAGGAAAGACAUCACUCUUCAUGAAAAGCAUUGCAAAUAUGUGAAGAUUUCCUGCCAAUUCUGCGGCCAGAAAGAGCUCCUCAGAGGGCAGCUUGAGACGCACUUUGAACAGAAAUGUGUAAAUGCUAAAAAGUGAGAAAAAUGAUAUCAGCAUCAUGCUAAACUCUCUUCAAGAGAAACCCAACAUAGUUGUGUAGAGGCUUUAAGCCAAAAGAUUUCUGCCAUGGAAGACCUCCAUCUUGCUAAAGAUACUGAACACCAAGAGCAACUUCGCAAGCGUGAUGUCAAAAUAAGCUCUCUCAUGAGGAAGCAGAGGGAGAUAUGGAAAUAUUUGACAAAAAUCGAGGCAUCUCUUAAUAAACAAGUUGCGCCUAGCAUGCCUAUUUCUGCUCUUCAUCCUAACUCAGUGAAUGAAGACAUUAGUGAUAAGUGAGACGACCUGGAAGACUUCUUCUCCUAUAGUGGCCAAGAUGUCUCAGAAGUCAUUCACCCAUUAUCUGAUACUAAUGCUGAGAAUGAAACUGCAAUGAGCACUUUCAGGUCUGAAGAAGCUCCUAAGGUUUUUGGACACAGAAAAAGGGCUGAAUCAACCUUCAUUAAGCGCACCAACAACCAAAGAAUGAUAGAUGAAGAGUCGAAGAGUUGUGAAUCAGACUCUAGCAUUGAACUAAAAAAAUAGAUGAGGAGGAACCUCCUGCUGUCAAUCUCCCUGUUAUCUUAAAUAACAGUAUUGUUACUGAGGAGCUUAUACAACAGAAGCUCCAAUUCUUCCAAGAUUGUGCCAGAAAUGAAGAAAAAUGGAAGAAACACUCUACUAAAAAUGGAGUUGAAUUGAAACUUUACUCUGGAGAAGGUAAUCAUACUGGUGUUUAUGGAAAGACAAUCAUGCCGUAUAAUACACAGUUCAUAUUGGAUGUCCUUGGAGAUCACAAAAAGACUUUCAAUACUAAUCAGUAUGCAGAAGAGAUCGAAAUCCUUGAAAAGUUUGGGGAGAAUUGUAUCGUUGCUUAUAUGAGGUUUAAAGGAUUACUGAUGGUCUCUGGUAGGGACUUCGUGGUUGCUCAAGUGCAGACGACAAUGACAGAUCCGGACAAUAAAGCCGAGAAGAUGCCUAUUGUGGUUAGCUUUACCGUGGAUCAUCCAGAUGCACCCACUAACCCUAAGGGAACUGUCAGAGGAGAUAUGAUAAUCGCUGGUUGGACACUCAAGAAGAUUAGUGACACUGAGACUGAGGUCGUUAGUUUUGCUGUGAAUGAUCUCAAAGGAAGCAUACCAAAAUUUGUCAUCAACGUGGGAGCCUCCUCACAUUCGACAAUCAUGGUUAACUUUAUGAAGGAAUUAGAAAAGACCGAUAAGGAGAACUCAGGGGAGAAGGAUGCCAGUGGCUCGGAAUAAU